AUGAAGUGGGGGAGAAAGAAAUCUGCAUCUUUAAUCAGUCGUGUUUUUAGCAUUUCUUGGCUCUCCAAAUUGAGGGAAAAAGGUGCCAAUUCUGAGCCUAAUUCAGCAAAGAUGAAGCAGAAAGGGAAAUGGGAUUUACCGUCUCCGAGUUCAUUAGCACCUGCUAGUUGCAAACAAUGUAGCUUUUGUAGCAGCAUGGAUUACGACAGUCAUUGGAGGCUUUCUUCGUGUGGUGAAGAAAGAAUUCAAGGUAGGAUGAGCACAGGAGGAAUUAAUUGUCGUCUGUAUGAUUCUGAUGAUGAGAUUAAAUUCCAUACAGAAGGAACUCAGAGCUUCGACGACACAGUUCUGGACAUAAAGAGAAUGAAAGAAAAGCAACACCAGGUGAGAAUUCUAAAUGGGGAAACAGAAUUUAUAGCACCAAGUAGAAAACCUGAGAAUGAUCGAAAUUCAAGAAGCUCAAGUAGAAGGAUUUUGAAAGAGAAACUAGCAGAACUAAAAAGAGAGCCUGAUAAACCAGAAGAAAAAUCAUCCAUAUUAGUAGAGAAAGGUAUACUUGGAAUAGAACCAGAAAUUGUGAUCCAGAAGAACGAUAAGAAUAUUCACAAGUCCACAGGUUCUAAUGCAAGAAGACAGCACAGAUUCUCUUCCCCCAAAUCCAAUCUAAGCACAAUUCAGGAAAACUGUGCCUUUUGGGCUCUGAAUUUGGAUGAAUUUAAUGCAACUUCAGAAUGUAAAAUCAGAACUCUUCAAGAAAUGAAGAAAGCAAGAACGAAGUUAAAGAUGAAGACAAAGGAGACAACUGCUGAGGUUGACGACAGAACGGUCUUUGAUAGCUUUGCUGUGGUGAAGAGUUCUUUUGAUCCAAGCAAGGACUUCAGAGAUUCAAUGAUGGACAUGAUCACAGAGAAAGGAAUCAGAAGACCUGAAGAGCUCGAAGAACUCCUGGCUUGUUACCUAACAUUGAAUUGCGACGAAUACCAUGAUCUCAUAAUCAAGGUCUUUAAGCAGGUAUGGUUCGAUCUGAACCCAAUGUAUGUAGACCCAGUAACACGUAAUGAUCACUGUUUUGAUGAUUAUUAA